GAUGUACACCACAUAAACUGUCUGAUGUACACUGUAUACACUGUAUACACUGCCCGCGCAGUGAUUUGCCUUGACUAUUUAUGUUUAAAAGUAGCCGUGUACAGUGCGGGAUUUGAGGCUGGUUCACGUACGCACAUCUGCGGGUGAUCUGUGAUUCACAAAGGGGACAUUGCUUACAGGUGUGCGUACGCAUGGUUUUAUAAAUCGGGAUUUUUUUGGGGGGUACGUAAACAUUUAGUAGGGAUCCUACGCACAGUUUUAUAACUGAGACCCCUGGUCUUUUUACCAUCGUAUCACAGAAAACGCAUGAACUGACCAGGUGUAAAGCCCCCCUAAGGUCACGCUGAAACAAAAGGAAUAACAGGCUGUGAAGUCUCCUCUACUUCCAAGGUUAAGGUCCAUUUGAUGAAUUGUGAACAUCAGAACAGCAGCUGAUGUUGAUGAACUUCAUCGAUCCCAAAGUUCUUUAGUGACGAUGAUGUUCAGGGCAAUGGGACAAAUCCUGGUGAAUAUUGUAGCAGAAAUCAGGACUCUCAGGACUCUUCUUCUCCUGCUGUGCUGUUUACUGUGUGAAGCUGGAGACGAGACGGUCACACUGCAGGAAGUGGAAGGAACCACUAUAACUCUCCAUACUGGGAUAACUGGGAAUCAGAGUGAUGCUCGUAUUCAGUGGAUUUAUCGACCUGAGAAAUCAGAGGAAAAGAUAUUGAUUAGUCAGGUGUUUAAAGGAGAAACUGUUACAGACAUCAGUGAGAGAUUUAAAGAGCGACUGCAGCUGGACAGAAUCAGUGGAGCUUUAACCAUCAGGAACAUCAGCAGAACUGAUUCUGGAGUUUAUUUAUUACACGUCAUCAAUGGAAGUGUCUCAUCUAGGACUUUCAGUGUCAGUGUUUAUGCUCCAGUAUCAACUCCAGUAAUAAUAAAUGAAAGAGGAAACCGAAGUGUGAUUUCCACAGAGUCGUGUUUCCUCCUGUGUUCUAUGGAGAAUGCAGAAGAUGUGAAGUUAUCCUGGUACAGAGAGAAUGAGAGAAUCUCCAUCACCAAUAACACAGAUCUCAGUGUUCCCCUCAAUCUCCCACUUCAAAUACAACACAAUGACACUAACACUUACAUCUGUGUGUCUGCAAACCCUGUCAGCAAUAAAACAACUUCUCUCAACAUCACACAGCUCUGUGACGUCUCAGAUGAUCGUCCCCGUUCACGGUUUCCUGCUCUGAUAUCUGCUGGACUUUUUGUGUUAUUAAUUAUAAUAUUAAUAACUUUGGGGAUUCGGCUGAAAAAGAAAAACACACAAGAAAAAUUCGAGGGACUGACUUACACUGCUGUGAUUGUUUAAGCUCACAGUGCAGAGAGAGAUAAAGAGGAAGAAAACUCCAUAUUAAUGGAUGUUGAAGUAUAGAGAGACCCUGUGAUGUAUUCAGACGUGAGGAGAGCCAAAUAAUUCAACACAUCACUAAAUGAUAAACAUUUUAUAUUUUUGCACUUCUCAUGCUCUGUCAGAGUGACUCACUCGAAGGAAAGCUUUCUUCACUUUAUCUACACAUUGCUUAUCAAGUCAAGUCAAGUAGCUUUUAUUGUCAUUACAACCAUAUAUAGCUGUUAUAAUACACAGUGACAUGAGACAACGUUUCUCCAGGAUCAGGGUGCUACAUAAAACAAAGACAGGGCUAAGG